AAUUUCGCGUUCUUCUCCCUCGGCAGAGAGAGAGAGAGAGUCUUCUUCGCCGAUACAAAAAGUCUCUUGCUUUCUUCUUCUACUUCUCAGCCUUUUCAGACUCUCUCUCUCUCUCUCUUUCUCCACAUUCUCGAUCUUGCUCAUUGCGGUUGGCAGAUUUUGAAAUCUGAGGUUUUGUUAUUGACUGGAGAAUCUUCCGGUGAUUCAAUGACAACCACCGUCUCGCAGUUGUGACCUCUGUCUCCGUCGCCGUCUCCUUCUCUACCGCGAGUUCCGAUCACCUGAUUCCGCCGCUUUGUUAUCAGAUGGGAGGUCGCUGCUCUAAGUUCUCCUUCUGCUGGUUUCACUCUCACUUCAAAGCCUCUUCGGUGCUCGAAUCCUCGGAUCUCGAAAAUGGAGGGGAAAAUGCGAAGAAAUCGUGGCCGAGUUUCAAGGAAUUCCGCUUGGAGCAGCUGAAAUCGGCGACCGGCGGUUUCUCGGCGGACAACAUUGUGUCAGAGCACGGCGAGAAAGCGCCCAACGUCGUCUACAAAGGAAGGCUCGACGACGGCCGGUUGAUCGCCGUCAAGAGGUUUAACCGCCAUGCCUGGCCCGAUCAUCGCCAGUUCUUGGAGGAGGCGAGGGCCGUCGGGAGCCUGAGGAGUGAGAGAUUGUCGAAUCUUAUCGGAUGUUGCUGCGAAGGCGAGGAGAGAUUGCUCGUUGCGGAGUUCAUGCCCCAAGAAACACUUGCAAAGCAUCUUUUCCACUGGGAGAACGAGCCGAUGAAAUGGGCGAUGAGAUUACGAGUUGCAUUGUACUUAGCGCAGGCAUUGGAAUACUGUAGCAGUAAAGGGAGAGCUCUGUAUCAUGAUCUCAAUGCUUACAGGGUUUUGUUUGACAAGGAUGGUAAUCCGAGGUUGUCUUGUUUUGGGCUCAUGAAGAACAGCAGAGAUGGAAAGAGUUACAGUACAAACUUGGCAUUUACUCCUCCAGAGUAUUUGCGAACUGGUAGAGUGACACCAGAGAGUGUUGUGUUCAGUUUUGGAACUGUUCUGCUUGAUCUCAUGAGCGGCAAACAUAUUCCACCGAGCCAUGCACUUGACCUGAUCCGUGGGAAGAAUUUUGCAAUGUUGAUGGAUUCUGCGCUAGAGGGUCACUUCUCAAACGAGGAUGGAACUGAACUAGUGCGGCUAGCCACCCGUUGUCUGCAGUACGAAGCUCGAGAGAGACCAAACGUGAAAUCACUCGUCACUUCGUUGACCUCACUUCAGAAGGAAGCCAAUGUACCAUCAUAUGUUCUGAUGGGUAUACCCCAUGAAACCAAGACUGAGGAGGAUGAGCAGCAGCCCCUUUCUCUGACACCCUUUGGCGACGCGUGCUUGAGAGCGGAUCUUACAGCCAUUCACGAGAUUCUUGAGAAGGUCGGGUACAAAGAUGACGAAGGGAUCGCCAAUGAGCUCUCGUUCCAAAUGUGGACUAACCAGAUGCAAGAAACCCUUAAUUCUAAGAAGCAAGGCGAUGCAGCUUUCCGUUCCAAAGAUUCUACAACCGCCAUCGAUUGCUAUACUCAGUUCAUCGAGGGAGGAACGAUGGUGUCGCCUACGGUAUACGCAAGGCGAUGCCUAUCGUAUCUGAUGAACGAAAACGCUCAGGAGGCACUGAACGAUGCGAUGCAAGCUCAAGUUGUGUCGCCAGACUGGGCAACUGCCUUGUACCUUCAAGCCGUUUGCUUGUUCAAGCUUGGCAUGGAGGCUGAUGCCCAGCAGGCUCUUAAAGACGCCACCCUUUUGGAAUCCAAGAAGACCAAGCUCUGAAUGAUGAUAUGCUUCAUUUGCUUGUAUAGGUUAUAUAUAUACACAUAUAUAUGCGUGUAUCUAUCUUAUCUAUCUAUCUAUGUGUAAGUUUCAUGGGUUUCUCUUUUUCUCCUCCUUUGUAUUUAUCAUUGUUCUUCCUCGUAUGUUGAUGGUUUUCUUGCAACAUCAGAGCAUCUGAUAGAUUCAUUUCGAAUUCAAGCUUUAA